CGUCUGCGUUCGGGUUUACAGUCUGUCAGACUUGCUGGGCGACCUUGCGGUGAAGCCGCCUGCUGACUAAAUCUCUUACCGUCCGGUCAAACCCGCCGACCGCCAUGCCGCUGCAGCUCUCCGGGCUUCCUGGGCUGACCAAACCGGGGAUCUGUGGGUUCACGGUCUCGAGAGAUCACCUGACCAUCGUCGUUCCUGUUGCAGUGGCUGCGGCUCUGGGCACCUACCUGCUCACCAGGUACUUCAGUAGCCAGAGCUGCUCCAAGGGCAGGGUCAACCUGGAGCACAACAAAGACAGCGCCAAAGUGGUGCACAGCUUCGACAUUGAGGACCUCGGCAAGAAGGCCGUCUACUGCCGCUGCUGGAGGUCCAAAAAGUUCCCCUACUGCGAUGGUGCACACACCAAACACAACGAGGAAACUGGAGACAACGUGGGUCCUCUCAUCAUCAAGAGACGAGACGCGUAAUCCAGCUUUCUGUCACUCUGGUGCUGCUGUGAUAAAUGUAUGGAGUAAAAGACCCUGUGUGAUGAGUGUGUGCAUUCAUGUCCACAUGCCAUUACAGGGUACUGUAUCUUGUCAAAUACUGUGCAGAAUGUUGGGAAACUUUAAAAUCAAAUACAGCAUUUUCAUCAUUCUCUUGAUGGUGUGUGUCCUACUGUUUCACGAAAAAGCGCUUCGCACGUCAGCUCGUCUGCAGCUUUAUUGCAGCUUCCCAGCUCAAACCACAGAGAUCGCAGGCUGCACUUCCUGCUCUCAUGCAGAUGUCUCUCGUGUUUUGUUUGUUGUCUCGCUCUCUUGACGUUUCAGGCCAAAGUAUCUGUGCUCCUGCCUGCACUACAGAACACAGAAGAAUGUGUUAAGUGUUAAAUCCUAAACUAAAUAUCUUGGAAGACAUAAACGUUAAUACGCACAUACAUGAUAUGCUAAUACGCACAUGAAUGCCGAAGUGUUCACCACAUGACCAUUUGUACAUGUCUCGGUUACAGUGUCAGUGCUAAGGUUGUGGGGGAGGGGGGUAUAGUUAAAGAACUGUGAUCAUUUAAGUUGUAUCACUGACGCUCUCUUUCUGUAUGCUCUAUUUGCAACUGUCUGCUGUUCUUUUGGCACCUUUGGGAAAAUAAGAUGAAGCAAAAACAGCCAGACUGUGAUUGCUACGAAUCUUCUGAUGCCAUUUGGCCUCGUUUCCUGUGCUUUAAAGCGGUGACGUGAAUCUGCCUGUACAAGUGACACAUAUAUUUUGAAUAAACCUUGUUGGAAGUAGUUAA